AUGAAGAACUUCAUAAUUAUCUGCUGCCUCUUGGCUGCCGUUUUUGGUCAAAUAAGAUCUGUGGCAAUAGAACAUUCUUCAUGUUCCAGUAUUCAAUUAGACAAAGUGACUGUGAAUGUCUCUGAGAUUUUUGGAAAUUAUUUUGGAUGUGUAGACAGUCCCAAUAAACUUCCCGAAUCAAAAGAUUGUAUUAGACUAAAUUUGGUGCCCACUAGUUCCAACAGUUGGGAUUCACGUUUAUUUUUAGUUUCAAAAAAUGGUAAUGGAGAAUCUUUGACUGCUGAUGCGACUAUUAAGGACCAGGAGAUUGAAUUAGCGUACAACAUCAGCACUAUGCCACCAGUAACUUUCACCACACUGGACACCAAGAGUGACUACCUCAUUUAUUUGGGAUGCAAAGAUAAGAUAGAAGAUGGGUGGAUUGCAUAUUUCGCAAAAACUCUUGAACUUUGCGAAAAGUACAGACCCAAACUAGAUGAAAUAAUUCAAAAAUAUAAUCUUACUUCCAUACCUUUGGUCAAUGUUAAUCACGAUAAUUGCGGCUCAUAUAAAGUUUAA